GUCUUGUAGGGGUUCCUCUGGAAAUCAAGGCAACUUAAGUAUGCUUUGGAUUAGAGGGAUAAUCCCUUUUUCAGAGCACAUCUCAUUUCCAAGUGGCUGUUGCGCUGCUGUUUGCCCCCACUCCUUCAGUGCGACAGCCUCAGAGCUGGUGGAAAGACUGCAUGCCACGGGAUAAAUUCGUAGACGUGGAAUUCCUGGAUCAAAUGAUACUAAGGGAGACUUCCCUGGAAGCAGACUUGUGUCCGCAGUGUACAAACUCACCCUGUAAUGCACACAAUGGCCAGAUAACACAAACACACAUUUAUCCCCACAGCUCACAGACUCUUGUCACAGUACACAGACUUGCCUUCCAGCACACAGACAUACCCAAAGGCACACCGACAAGCACCACAGCAAAAAGACUUUCCCCAGAGCAUACAGACACUCCCAUUCCCUGUGUCAACAGACUCUCUCAAAGGCACCUAUAUUCUCCUUAAAGCAGAGACUCACCUAAGGUGCACUGAUGCACCCAGCAUGACACAGACUUGCCCUCCAUAAGGACUCCACUAUGGCACACAAACAAUCCCAACAUCACAUACUGUUCCCACAUCACACAAACACUUUCUAGGAAACACAAAGCCUACAGACUUACCCCAUAGAGCACGGCUUCCUCCACAAGACACAUAUUCUCAAGGCCAAUAGACUCACUCCACAGCACACAGACUGUCUCCAGAGCACACAGCUUUUUCCUACAGCAAACAGACUCUCCCCAGUGCACACAGACUCCCCUGACAUCAUACACUCUCACCACAGAUCAUAGACGCAUCCUAGAGCACAGGGACUCUUGCCAAUGAAACAGACUUUCCCUAAGAACAGACUCAUGAGACAGCUUGAAGACCCGCAUCAUGACACAAAGACUCCCACAACGGACAGACUCACCCUAUUGUGUGCAGACAAGCACCCCAGGCCACAGACCCCACAGCACACAGACUUGCCCAACACUACACAGACACUCCCCAGAGCACAUAGACUCACCCCACAAAGCAGACUAAAUCCAUACUACAGAGACUCUCCCUAUAGCUUUCAGGCAAGCUUACCCCGCCACACAGAAAUGCAACAAGACAUCUUACAACAUAUAUCACUCCUUGAUGCACAGAAUUGUGUAACAGCACACAAACUUGUUCUACAAUGCACGAAUUCAUGUCACAAAAGACAUACUUACCACAUAAUACAAAUACUUGCUCCAGAGUACACUCAUUUGCCCUAAAAUAUCUGGACCUUCCCGAAAACAGAGUUACCACACAAUGUAUGCUGUGUCCCUGCAUCAUCAAAAUACAACUGAAAUUCCUCAGACCCACUCUGAUCAAUAGACAUACCUCACAAUACACAGGUUGGCAUCAGAGUGGGAAAAGCUGGCUCUACCACAGAGUUAUUCCACAACAGACAAACUCGUGCUGUAGAGACACCUAAUCUUUCUCUAAGGUAUUCAGACCUACCCUUUUGGGCACAGUCACAGAUGUGAUCCACAAUACCCUCACUCAUCCCACAAUACUGAUGCAACUCACAGCAUAGAAACACAUCCCACAGCAUAACACUCUAACCCCAUGGUGCUCAGAAAUGUCAGAGCACACAUUUGCCAUACAGAUUUAUUUCAUACACAAAAACAGUUCUUACAGUGCCUAUACAAUGCAAACAUGUAUCCCAAAGUAUAUGAAACUAUUUGCUAUGUCACUCUUAGGUUUACCCCAAAGCACAUAGACCAGUUUCACUGUUCAAGCUGCUGCCUAUAAACAGGAUAUGUCCAGUCAUGAACAGAAAUUCACCAAAAUGCACGGAUUCACCCAUCAAUAUACAUCCUUUCCUCACAACUCACACAAACACCACUGAGCACUAGACUCACCCUAAAUGUACAGAUAAGCCCUUCAGGGCACAGACUUACUCUGCAGCAUACUAAAUCAUGUCUAUCGCACUUAGAUGUGUCUUCGAUUCACAGUUAUGCCUGUAAACACACAGAUUGCCUCCACAAUGCACAGAAUUGCAUCAUAACACAGACUUACGCUAC